GCUGAAAAAGGAAUUGGCAUUGAUCUCUGACCUGGUGGUGAACCGAACCCGUGCUUCCGCCACGUCUGAGAGACAGGUUUAUAACGCCCUGUGAUGGAAUGUGCUGGGGAUAUUUUCCUACCUAAGCUGGUCUCCAAUGUUCUCAUCUUCUCCUGUACAAACAUUGUAGGCGUGUGUACCCACUACCCAGCAGAGGUGUCCCAAAGACAGGCUUUCCAGGAGACCAGGGAAUGCAUACAAGCCAGGCUGCAUUCUCAAAGGGAAAACCAGCAGCAGGAGCGUCUCCUGCUCUCUGUACUUCCUCGACAUGUUGCCAUGGAGAUGAAAGCUGACAUUAAUGCCAAGCAAGAAGAUAUGAUGUUUCAUAAGAUCUACAUCCAGAAGCAUGACAAUGUCAGCAUCCUCUUUGCAGACAUAGAGGGUUUCACAAGUCUGGCCUCCCAGUGCACUGCUCAGGAGCUGGUCAUGACGCUGAACGAGCUCUUUGCCAGAUUUGAUAAGCUAGCAGCUGAGAACCACUGUUUGCGUAUCAAGAUCCUGGGUGAUUGCUAUUACUGUGUGUCUGGGUUGCCAGAAGCAAGAGCUGACCAUGCACACUGCUGUGUUGAAAUGGGAAUGGAUAUGAUAGAGGCCAUCUCAUUAGUCCGGGAGGUGACAGGAGUAAAUGUCAACAUGAGGGUUGGAAUCCACAGCGGGAGAGUUCACUGUGGGGUCUUGGGCCUUAGGAAGUGGCAGUUCGAUGUGUGGUCGAAUGAUGUUACAUUAGCCAACCACAUGGAAGCAGGGGGCAAAGCUGGACGCAUCCAUAUAACGAAAGCAACCCUGAACUAUCUCAAUGGAGACUACGAGGUGGAGCUGGGCUUUGGAGGGGAGCGCAAUGCUUAUCUGAAAGAGCACAGCAUCGAGACCUUCUUGAUUGUACGGUGCAGCCAGAAACGGAAAGAUGAGAAAGCCACAAUAGCCAAGAUGAACAGGCAGCGCACCAACUCCAUCAGCCACAACCCGCCGCACUGGGGUGUCGACCGGCCCUUUUACAACCACCUCGGAGCUCACCAGGUCUCCAAGGAGAUGAAGAGAAUGGGUUUUGAGGAUCCCAAGGACAAGAAUACACAGGAAAGUAUGAACCCAGAAGAUGAAGUGGAUGAGUUUCUGGGCCGGGCCAUUGAUGCCAGAAGUAUUGACCGAUUACGCUCUGAGCACGUGCGCAAGUUUCUCUUAACAUUCAGGGAGCCUGACCUGGAGAAAAAGUACUCCAAGCAGGUGGACGACAGAUUCGGAGCCUAUGUGGCUUGUGCCUCCCUAGUCUUCCUCUUCAUCUGCUUUGUUCAGAUUAUAAUUGUGCCACACUCUACAUUUAUGCUGGGUUUUUACCUGACCUGUUUUCUGAUCUUGACCACGGUGGUGUUUGUUUCCAUCAUUUACUCCUGUGUAAAGCUUUUCCCAGCACCACUCCAGACUCUUUCUAAGAAGAUUGUACAGUCCAGGACCAAUAGUACCUUAGUCGGAGUCUUUGCCAUUAUCCUGGUUUUUCUGUCUGCCUUUGUCAACAUGUUCAUGUGCAGCACUGUGGAUCUUGCCAGCUGCAUGGCUGCAAAAUACAACAUCACUCCUGACCGGGUGGACAUAUGCCUUAUCAGCAACCUGACUUCCAACUACAGCCUGGGCACAUUGCAGGGAUUCUGUGACAAUCCUUUGCCCAACUGCAACUUUCCAGAGUACUUUACCUACAGUGUCUUAUUGAGUCUCCUGGCCUGCUCUGUGUUCCUUCAGAUCAGCUGUAUUGGAAAACUGAUCCUUAUGUUAAUCAUUGAAUUUAUAUAUGUUCUCAUUGUGGAAGUGCCAGGGGUGAACCUUUUUGACAAUGCAGAUCUCCUGGUUACAGCUAACACCUACAUGUCAACAAAUUCAACGUUACCAUGCUCUCCAACAAUGACACGAGUUGCACUGAAGAUCGUCACCCCUGUAAUCAUUACAGUCUUUGUCCUGGCACUGUACUUGCACGCCCAGCAAGUGGAAUCCACUGCAAGGCUUGACUUCCUCUGGAAACUCCAGGCCACUGAAGAGAAAGAAGAAAUGGAGGAGCUGCAGGCCUAUAACAGACGCCUCCUCCACAACAUUUUGCCGAAGGAUGUGGCAGCCCAUUUCUUGGCUCAGGAGCGGCGGAAUGAUGAACUGUACUACCAGUCCUGCGAGUGUGUGGCUGUCAUGUUCGCCUCCAUAAGCAACUUCUCUGAGUUUUACGUGGAACUGGAGGCCAACAAUGAGGGGGUGGAGUGCCUGAGGCUGCUCAAUGAGAUCAUUGCCGAUUUUGAUGAAAUAAUAAGUGAAGACCAAUUUCGGCAGCUGGAGAAGAUCAAAACCAUUGGCAGUACAUAUAUGGCUGCGUCAGGCCUCAACGACUCCACUUACGACAAGGAAGGGAAGACGCAUAUCAAAGCUCUGGCUGAUUUUGCCAUGAGGUUAAUGGACCAAAUGAAAUACAUUAAUGAACAUUCAUUCAACAACUUCCAGAUGAAGAUAGGCCUUAAUAUUGGUCCUGUUGUAGCUGGGGUGAUAGGGGCACGUAAGCCCCAGUAUGACAUAUGGGGAAACACGGUGAAUGUAGCCAGCCGAAUGGACAGCACAGGGGUGCCCGACAGGAUUCAGGUUACCACAGACAUGUACCAGGUUUUAGCAGCCAACAACUAUCAGCUGGAAUACCGAGGGGUCAUUAAGGUCAAAGGCAAAGGAGAAAUGACCACCUACUUCCUAAAUGAAGGGCCUCCAAUUAGUUAGCACCAACUGCAGCAUCGCUCAAAGGUGGGAUCUGCAUUACAGAAGAUUGUGACUCGGAGAAGAAUCACUUAAAAAUGCAAAGCAGUUGAAAUUUCACACAGUGACUCUAGGGCUGGUAUCAGCAAACUCUUUGGCCACCUGUCCCCAAAGGCAAUGGAGAGAAACCACCUGGGAUUUGCUCCUGGCUGAGUGCUAAACCGACCAAAGAUGUGUACUACAGCAUUCACAGAUAAGACGUGAAUUUGGAGUUCUUACCAAGGCUGCUACUGCAGGAUGAUCUAAGAAGCUAUUUAAGUAUUUAUUGACGCAACACAACAUUUACUUGGUUGAAGGAAUGUAUGAUUCACUACAAAGCAUUAUUUUGGAAUGGAUUUGCACUCCCAUAACGUUUCCAUCCCAUACUGCCAGCUAUUUGAAGUGUACCACUGUGCUUUUAUUAGCUGUUUUGAAUGGGCUUUCAAAAUUGACACCCACUGUUGCAGCACACAAAAAGGCCUUUUAGAAUGGCAUCGUUAAUGUUUUAGUGUGAGAAGACGUUUUAGCCCUGGCCUUCUUUUCUCCCUUCUUUUACAUGGCUCAAUGACUGCUCUUCUGAGCGGGGCUGGCACAUCUACUGACGGGGAAGAUCAAGAUCAAGAAAGAAGGUUGGACAAACAUAUUUAUUACAAAGUCUUCUGUGCUCAUCCUCGGUAUAUAUCAGUUUACAUGGGAAAGACUAGAUGUAAACAAGAGACACUUUGUGGGAGAGAACUCCCCUGAAAUUUGUUGUGGGUUUUUGUUUUUGUUUUGGUUUUUUUUUUGUAUUUUUUAUUUUGUAAUAUUGAAAACAUGGAGAUCUAACAAAUACCAAAUUCUAUAUUUUGUAAAUUAUAUAUAAAUUAGAAGGCAGGCUGUCCACACCAAGGUGUGUUGGGAGGUGUAUAUAACCUGUUAGACUUGUGUAAUUUUUUGUGCAUAAUACUCUGAACACAGACUUGGCAGUUUUCAGAUUAUCACUAUACAAUCAAACAGGUGAGGUUCCGGGCUGAAUCAGAUGCAUUUUAAAAGGAAAAUCCAGAAAAAUCUGCAAUCCUGAAGAAGAGGAAAAAAAAAAACCCAAACCCAACAAGGUACAGUAGUUCAAUGCAGCAUUCACACAGAAGGUGGCAUCUUAACAAAUGGAAAUAGGACUUAUUUUAUGAGCUUUAGCUAAUGAGACAGUAUCUGUCGAGCAUGUUAAAAAGCUCUAAGCAGACCUUCUAAUUAACUGUAACAGGAACUCUUAUGAGGAAAAAAAAAUUGAACUUUUAUUUGGAAAAAAGCAAUUUUCAGAGAUGGAUUAAUAGGAUCUGAUGAUACGAGAAUCGUCUGAUAUUGUAACUGCCAUUUGACAUUACAAAGAACUAUGUACUGCAGCAUAGAGUUGACUUUCCUGUCAAUAAGUAAGCACUUAUUUAAACUGUCACAUUUUCCAUUUUCAGGAGUUAAUUAGCUGAUCUUCAAAAAGAGGCUUUGAUGGCAAAUGUGUGUAUGAGAUGAGUGACCUUAAAAUACAGUGCCAUUGAUAUUGUGUCCGACAUCUUUAUCACUAGCGGGGGUUUAUGAAUAGUUCACUGUUACCAUUUAUGUACCUUUUCUAGCUACGAAAGAAAAAUCCCUUGAUAUUUUAUUAAAGAAAAGAUUUUAAAAAGUUAUAUUUUUUAUAUUCUAUGAGGGGUGAGUUUUGAUAUUGAAUUUGGCUAGCGCUAAAAGUGGCUCCAAUCUUUUGACAUUUAAUAAAGUUCUUUUCCACUCUUCUCAGGGCAGAAUUAUUGUAGUACUAACACCUUAAUGGUUGCACUGUGGUGGUAAUUUAUUUUUUUUCCUACUUGACAACAAGAAUAAGUAAAAAUCCAUGGGUCGGUCUUGAUUAAGUUGCCAUAUUGCUAAGCAUAACCCUAGCAUUAAGCCAUUUAAGUGCGAGCUUAAAUGGCAUUGCCCCUUUCCUUCCCCUUGGAAACAUUUCUGAAAAGUAUAGUAUAGACUUCUGUAAAACUGCCAAGUCUGCCCUUGUACUAUACUUUUGCUCCUUGCCAUCCCUCCUGGUUCGCAGAAUACUUACGUUGCAUCAUGCCAUUACGCAUUUCUUUCCCCCUCCGCCUCCCCCCCCUCCAUCCCCUCACUCAGCUCCAUUACCUCCAUGCCAUACACUCACUUUUAGGUUUGCUUUCUGCUUUAUGAACGUCUGCAGUCUUCUUAACUUUCGAUUCAUCUUAGGAGGUUGUGUUGUCAAUGAAAUUUCAAGUCCCCAGUAUCUCUAGCUGUGAUUGUUGACAGUGUGUCAUGAUCAUUUCAAGGGGUAUUCACACACUCUUUAUUCUGGAUCUUGCAAAAAUGGAUACAGUUAUGAUUUCCCAUGGAAAUUGAAAUCUAUUUAAGUAAUUUAACUAUAUUAAACACUGUUUCACUGGUAAA